GUCGCUGGUUCUUGUCGGAUUGUUGUUCCGGACGGAACGCAACUCAGGCGUCGACGCACAAAGAUCUCCGUUGUGAUAUCCGUCUCCAAAACGCAACUGCAUUGAAAAUAUUUCGUUUGGCCUUGCUCAAGCGACGCAGAUUGUUUCCUCUGACUGUAAUGUAACCACAGCAAACACGGCAGGAUGGACGGAGUUAUUGCUGGUCCAGCCCUUCCCCUCUCCGCGCUGCGUCUCCUCAUCCCUCCCAUUCGGCUGGUGUCCGCGGCCAUCUGGCAGACGGUGGAGCAAAAGAUAGUGUCGGACUAUGGGCUGCUCGAGGAGUUUGUGUACAUGGUCACAGAGAUGGUACCUCAACUCCUCUCCACGAGGCAGCGAGCCGAACUCAUUUUGGGUCUCAGAGCGAGGCUGAUUCUGGAGCUGUGUCGCUCCGAGGAGACUGCUGAGCCGCAUAUCAUCCAGCCACACCUGGACCGAAUGCAGAAUCUCAGGUCUCUGUGGAAUGUGGAGACCGAUAAUGCAGAACAAGAAGUUUCCGACUCACAAUUCAUGGGCCUUGUACAAAGUCUGCUGAGAGAUCCUGAGGAGAGAAGAAACUUCUUCCAGGAUGUUUUCCCAGGAGACUUUGGCCCCACAUACGACAAGGCAAUCCAGACACUGAUGUGGCUGUUUUUGUCCCGACUGGAGAAGCUUCUUCCCACCCAAACUCUCCAACAGAUCGCCUCACUGCUCAGCGACGCCUCAUCGGUCCUCAGCGAAUGCAUGAAGACGUUGGCUCAACCUCAGGAGCUCAAAGCCCUGCUUGACACUCAGAAGGACCUCAGCCAAUUAGAAAACAUUGAAUCGUACAUUGUGGACAGCGGCAUCUUGUCGGCCCUGUGCCUCCCUCCCGUAGAACGAGUCCUGAUCGUCAACGACCAGGCGGAGAGUGGCCUCAUGUACACAGUGUGCACCGAGAUGGAGAUGGAGGUGGAGUCUGAGAACAAGGAGGCGUACCCAGAGGGUACCGGGAACUCCAGUGAGAAUGCGCAAGCCAAGUGGCGCGGGGUGAAGGCGGAAACUGACACCGUGGUGGUCACGGACCCCGCCGAGGGCGACGCGGCCGACGACCACAACGACGAGCAGAACGAGGAGCAGUCCGGCACACUGAUGAUCGGGGAGGACGGCCAGGUGACUGUGCUCGACAGCGCCGAGAAGAAGCCAAACAAACGUGGUAGGAAGAAGAAGCGGCCCGACGAUGAGGACUACGAGGUGCAGGGCAAGCAGGAGGACCCCGACUUCGACGUGGCGUGGGAGAGACCGGUGCGAAAGAACCGCGGGCUCAAGAUGAAGCGGUACCUUUCGCAGUGGAGGCGGUCGGGGAAGACGCAGGGCGCCGACGACAGCCCCAAAAAGUGUGCCGACUCCCCGGCCAAAAGCAACGACCUGGACGAGAGGACGUGCAAGGUGUGCGGCACGGUGGUGAGCCGUGCCAAGUUCCUGGAGCGUCACAUGAUCCGACACUCGGAGGAGCAGCCGUACUCCUGUCCCGCGUGCAAGAGGUUUUACAAGAGCCUGCGUUACUUGCAGCAGCAUAGGUGUCCCAACCAGGCAAAGGCGAAGCCCGGCAGGAAGGCGAAGGAGCAAGAGGCUGGGGCGGACGAGGGCGAACUUUCGUCCGGCGAGGUCGCCGCGGCCUCCGAGGGGCCGCCUGACGCGGACGAAGACCCCGACGGCACGGCCUCCUUAGAGGGCUCCUCUAAGGAGUCGGGACAGAAAAGCCCCGAGGGGAACAAGAGCUUGCUGGAGGGCCCGUUCUACUGUCCCCACUGCAGCGUGGAGUUCAAGUGCAAACAGACUUUCCGCUUCCACCUGCGGAACAUCUGCUACAACGAGCAGCAGGUGGACCCGGAGCAGCCGGAGGACGUGAAGCACUGCUUCCGCUGCGACGAGUGCGACAAGGCGUUCAAGUACAAGUCGACGCUGGAGUCCCACAAGCAGACGCACAACCCGCUGUACUGCGAGGUGUGCAUGAAGCUGGUGCGCGACCCCGAGGCGCUCGCCAUGCACAAGGAGUCGCACACGCCGUUCCAGUGCAACCGCUGCGACGAGAACUUCCCCGUGUUCAAGGCCCUGCACAAGCACUACAUCGACGUGCACGACCCCGUGGAGCCGUUCACCUGCACGCACUGCCUGACCACGUUCGCCAGCCUGAAGCGCUUCAUCCGGCACGAGUGGAAGCACACGGGCUACCAGCCGUUCCAGUGCCCCCACUGCAGCAAGCGCUUCCGCUCGUACUCGGACCUCGUGGAGCACCAGAAAAAGCACACCAAGGCGUACCCGUUCCUCUGCUGGGAGUGCGGCAAGAAGUUCCGGCACGGCGUCACGCUGACGCGGCACGUGGAGCGCGUGCACCACUCGGGCGAGCCGGUGUCCGAGAAGCCCGUGCCGACGUUCACGUGCGCGCAGUGUGGCAAGACCUUCACGUCCCGUAGGUGCCUGCUGAAGCACGACAACUUCCACCACAAGGGGCUGCGCUUCCCGUGCGAGUUCUGCGGGAAGGGCUUCUUUGGCAAGGACGCGCUGGUGCGCCACACGCUGAUCCACACGGGCGAGCGGCCCUUCAAGUGCGACGACUGCGACAAGUCCUUCCGGUCCGCCGCCGAGCUGAAGAUACACCGGCGGUACCACACGGGGGAGCGGCCCUUCAAGUGCAACGUCUGCCAGAAGGGCUUCGUCCAGUCGUGCUUCCUCACCUUGCACAUGCGCACACACACCGGGGAGAGACCGUACGUGUGCACGGUGUGCAGCAAAGGCUUCUCCAGCCUGCACGGCCUGAAGCGCCACAGGAGACUCGUUCACGCGUAGUAGACGGCCUGCCCCGCUCGGCAGAUUGAAGGCCAGGUGUUACAGUAGAGCUGCGCUGUCCUCCAAAUAUCAGCCGCGUUGCUGUCGCAGCGUGUGUUGUUGGGAACUGUGUAAUUGUAUAGUGCAUUAUGAAGAAUAUAAUGUAACUUUGUAUUUUUUACAGAAAUGUUUGCUGUAGCUCUACAUAAUAUUUGUAUGUAUAAACAAUAUAAUCCUUCAUUCCUUUGGGAAUUGACUUCUUUUCUUGAAUAAAUUGAACAUUUGAUUUCAACUGGCA